AUGCCGGCAGCCAACUCCGAUCUCGAGGCCAAGCAACCCCGGAGCGCACUGCGCAGCCCUCGCUUCCGCGAAGAUUUCGAUGCGCCCUUCUCAGAGGCCCUCCUAAACGCAUCAACAAUGACACUCGCCACCGAGAGCGACAAGUCGCCGCUCUCUCAGCACCCCAGCGACAUCUCAAUCACUAAGCCGGCUCACUCGCCCCGCCCCACGCAAUCACGCGAAGAUAGCUGGUCAUCCACAAACUCUAGCCGAAGCGCGAGCAGCUCGAGCUCCGGCGUGAAUGACAGGUUAAGAGAAUGGGCUCGGAAGUCGUUCUUGGGGCUGAGGCGCUCGGACGACGGGGAAUCCUCGCGGCCAUCAUGA